CAUUGCACAAGUGACAAGAGCAAGAGUAAAAAAUACACGGAAAGGUCGAUCUUUGACCGAAAUAAAUUAGUUGUAGAUUUUUAAGACUAAAGGAAAUCUCAAACAAGAAAAAUGAGUGCUGUUGUGAGAAAAAUGUUAGAUUCACUAAAAAGCAAAGAAUUUAGAGAGUAUUUAAUGAGCACACAUUUUUGGGGUCCAGUAGCAAAUUGGGGAAUUCCUCUGGCUGCGAUUGCUGACACGAGAAAGGACCCCAGCUUCAUUAGUGGAAAAAUGACAUUUGCUCUAUCCCUUUACUCGUUGAUGUUUAUGCGAUUCGCCUGGAGGGUUCAACCACGCAACCUGCUCUUGUUCGCUUGCCAUUUCACAAACGAAUGCGCGCAGCUCACGCAAGGCGCUCGCUUCGUCAACCACCACUAUCUGCAGGACAAACCCGCGGUCAUCGAACCGAAGGCGCCAGAACCUGAGAAGAAGUAAUGUUAAGACAGACUAAUCGGUUUAUAGUAUAGACGUGACGUAAAAAAGACCUAUGCCGUUUUCACCAACAAUCCCAAUUUUUAAGUGACCCCUAUGAAAACAAAAUCCCUGUUAUAUGUUACCAUAGGAGUCACUUAAAAUUUAAGGAAUGGUGGUGAAAACGGGCAUUAUUCUUAUAAAGAAAUGGGCGGAGUUGAAGCAAACUGCUCUGAUUGGUCGAUACGUCACUCAUCGACCAAUUGGAGCUGUGUUUUGAUUCUGAGAUUUUAGUUGAGUUUUAAAAACUCAUAAAACUCAUUUAUUUUUGUAAGUAGGCUUUUAAAAAGCAUUUUUAGGUUGUGAUAGCCUUCCUACUUACAUUAAUUUUCAAAGUAUAUGAUACAUUUAUUAUUUCAUAAAUGUGGACACCAUUUAUUGCUUGCCUUCUUAUUAUAAGAUUAAUUACCUAGAUCAAGUUUGUGUAUUUUCACGUCUGUAAUAUAAACUGAUUUUGGGGUAACUGCCAAUUGACAUCUGAAAGAUUUCAGAUUUCUGUAAAUGCAAGGAAUGAGCUACAUCUUUCAGAAUGUUAUGUAGUCGCCAACAGGUCAGGUAACCAAUGACGAAUAAAUUAUACAUUUUCAACUUUAUGCCAUAACGGUAUAAUGUCGAUAGUUAAUUGGGAAAGAUAUACAUUGUGUAUACGUUUAAGGUUUUAAAACCAACUGUCAUUUUGUGGUGUGGUAGUUGCCGAUGUAUUGGCGACGAGAUAUUUUUUAUUCUUUGUGUUUGUUAUAAAAUAUUAAUCGACAGAUGUAGCUCAAAUAUUUUACUGGGGUUAAAGUUAGAGAGAAUAUACGUACUAAUAUCAUGAACUGUGAUAUGAAUAGCUAGAAUGCUAAUUAUUUCCUUGCAUGUACAUAUUCAAGGAAUCGUUUUAUGUAGAUAAUGUAACUACAGUAAAUAUCGGCACGAUCUCUACAAAGAGAUGAGUGCUGGCUUGUUUUGUAUAAGUAUGGUUAUUAUAGUUAAAGUGCUUUAUUGGUAUUACAGUGUGACUGGUGAAGGUCAUAGUUAUGAAAGGCUACACUUCAUCUCUUUUUAAAGUUCGGUUGACGAUAAAUAUAAAGUAACGCAUACUGAUUUUAAUCUGUACCAUAUUUAUAAGCGUUUUGAAACGAACAUUUUAACUAAUUAUAGAAAUCGCAAAAAUCACAUAUUAUUAACUGUUAUAUUUUUUGUUACACAUUUAUUAUUAAUUUUGUAUAUUGUUAUGAUAGUAGUAGGCAAUAAUAUUUGUAUACGAGUAGAUUUUUAUCUGAUCUGUGAGGUUCAUAAAAUGAAUGGUAGUACUAUACUUAUUUCAUUGUUUAAAAAUAAUGGUACGAAUUAAAAUCAAAACAAAUAGAUACUCACAUUAGGACAAUUUAAAUAGUUGACAUUAAACCACAUACAAGCCAAUCUAGCGCAAUUUAAAGUAUGUAGUUCUAAGUAGACUUUUCUUCCGUGUCAAAGUAUUGGCCUGUGUUACCCGCCUGUACAAAUGUAGGUUUAAGCAACGCCUAUCAGUUGUAUAGAAUCAUAUUAUUACGUUAUAAUGUAAAGGGUAUAUUUUUUGAAUAUUUAUUGCGAUUAUACUCCGUUGUUGAUCUGUU